AUGUCGAAGGCAGAUGAGGGACGUCUGAUACACAUCGCCAAGAAGCGUGAACGUGCCAAAGAAGCAAUCGAACAAAGACGAAGAAAAUUAGAAGAGGAAACAAAGAGCUUAAAAUCUGGCAUAACUACAAAAUUCACAGCUAAUUAUGAUGCUGUAGAGGAUUCUUUAAAGACAAGCACUAUCGGCCUGGUAACACUUGACGAGAUGCGUGAGAAGCAACGAGACGUGGUUGAAGCUAGAGAAUUACAAAUAGCUGUUGAAGGAAGUUCAAAAGACAAAGCUCAUGGUACAGUUAAUGAAAGCAAAAGCUGUUACAAGCGAGUCCUUUCAUUUGCAUUUAAUGAUGAUGAGGAAGAACUAUCUGUACCAUUAGAAAAGAAGCGUGUUGGAAUGGAUCCAACAGUAGAGACGGCAUUUUUACCAGAUUGUGAUCGUGAAAAGGAGCUAGCUAGAUUAAAAGAAGAUUUGGCAAAGGAAUGGCAAGCGUUGCAGGAUAAAGAAAAAAACGAGGAAAUUAACAUUGCAUUUGUGUACUGGGAUGGUUCCAGUCAUCGGAAAGACUUGAGAAUGAAGAAAGGGAAUACAAUAUCACAGUUCCUUGCUCGUGCAUUAGAGUUGCUGAAAAAGGAAUUCAGUGAAACUCGAGCUGCAGUACCAGAAAGUCUAAUGUUUGUCAAAGAAGACCUUAUCAUACCUCAUUUCUACACUUUCCAAGAUUUCAUAGUUACGAAAGCAAUGGGAAAAACAGGCCCGCUGUAUGAAUUUGAUGCUGCUGGAGAAAUACGAUUAAGGCAGGAUGCUGCAGUAGAUUGCGGUGAAUCGCAUCCAGCCAAAGUUGUUCUGCGAAGUUGGUAUGAGAAAAAUAAGCACAUAUAUCCAGCAUCUCGAUGGGAAGCUUUUGUGCCAAACAAAGAAUACAGAAGAACAAUUGAUGACCUUACUACUAUUUGA